UGCGCUGAAGCUCCGCCUUGCUCUCCGCGAACCGGAAGCGCUUCUCGCUCCAGCUGGUUGUCAUUUCACUCUGUGCUCGGUCCUGACUGGAAGGACGGGGAGGAGCGGCGGAGAGACGGGUAGAUACACAACAGGGAUCAAAGCAACAACCCUCCCCCUCCUCCGUUCCCAGACCCGAGAAAAGGAAGGCUCCCCCUCAUACAAGCAAAGGAAAUCUAUUACAUUCUCAUAAUUAGAAACAUCGCUCCUAAUUGACUUCGUUUAGUUUCUCACACACCGGGGACGGGCUACCCACAGGGAAGGGGAAGAAGCAGCAACGCAGGCGAAGCAACACAGACGCUGUAAUUUCAGGGGAAUAAUAUCAUAACCUUCAAGGCGGAGACCUAAUCGCACUAAUAUAUUAAGUGGAAAACAGCUGGUGUCACUGACAUGCAGGUUUCAUGAGGGUACUGAGAGGACAACGACCCAGCCAGCUACAGCCAAGAGGAGAUCUCAUUGAACCCCCCUAUAGCCUGCUUGUUGCCUUUUUACUAGGACUGAGCAAGAUAAUAAAGCCUCUAAAUGACAGGAAAAUUCCGAUUGAUCUCUUUGCACUUAAUGGAUUGAAGCUGGGGGGAGAGGCACUGGGCAGACAGGCACAACCCAGUUUCUGUAAACCAAAGAAUAUUUGGUGUAUUCCACCCAUUUUUCCCCUCCUCCCUUGCCAAAGGAGGCCCUUUAUUCUCUGUUAAAUGACUGAAGAGGAUUGGCAUUAGAGAGCUGAUUUUUUUUUUUCUGUUGAGAGAUUAUUUUCAUCGUAUAUUUGGGCUGUAUUAACCAUCUUACUAACCCAAGGAAGAUUAUAUUUAUUAAGCACAAUUUGGCUUCACCUAGAUAUUUUUUCCCAACAUUUGUAAUAAAUGGGGGAUUACGGGUUUGGAGUGUUAGUUCAAAAUAACACUGGGAACAAGUCAGCCUUUCCUGUCAGAUUUCAUCCACAUCUGCAGCCCCCUCACCAUCAUCAGAAUACAACCCCCAGUCCCGCUGCUUUUAUAAAUAACACAGCUGCCAAUGGCAGUAAUGCUGGGUCAGCUUGGCUUUUUCCUGCUCCAGCUGCCCAUAAUAUUCAGGAUGAGAUCCUUGGGUCAGAAAAAUCUAAAUCUCAGCAACAACAGGAACAGCAAGAGUCUUUAGAAAAACAACAGCUCUCUCCUAGCCAAAGCCAGGAAGCAGGGAUUCUACCUGACCCUGAAAAAGUGAAAUCGGAAGAAAACCAGGGAGACAGCUCUUCUGAAAAUGGCAACGGCAAGGACAAAAUAAGAAUAGAAUCCCCUGUGUUAACAGGUUUUGAUUAUCAAGAAGCAUCGGGCUUGGGGUCCUCAAACCAGACCUUGACAUCUUCUGCAUCCCCUCUGACUGGUUUCAGCAACUGGUCAGCUGCUAUUGCCCCUUCCUCAUCCACAAUGAUUAAUGAAGAUGCAAGUUUUUUUCACCAGGGAGGGGUCCCUGCUGCUUCGGCAAAUAAUGGUGCUUUGCUUUUCCAGAAUUUCCCACACCACGUGAGCCCAGGGUUUGGAGGUAGUUUUUCCCCACAGAUUGGACCUUUGUCCCAGCAUCACCCACAUCAUCCCCAUUUUCAGCAUCAUCAUAAUCAACACCAACAGCAAAGGAGAUCUCCUGCCAGUCCCCAUCCACCCCCAUUUACACAUAGAAAUGCUGGUUUUAACCAACUGCCCCAUUUGGCCAAUAAUCUUAAUAAGCCACCCUCUCCAUGGAGCAGCUACCAAAGUCCGUCACCAACACCCUCAUCUUCAUGGAGUCCCGGUGGUAGUGGAUAUGGAGGCUGGGGUGGAUCUCAAGGUAGGGACCACCGCCGAGGACUUAAUGGAGGAAUGCCACCAUUGAAUUCUAUAUCACCUUUAAAGAAGAAUUUUGGAAAUAACCACAUUCAGCUGCAGAAAUAUGGCAGGCCAAAUUCUGCCUUUGCACCAAAAUCUUGGAUGGAUGACAGCUUAAACAGAGCUGAUAACAUAUUCCCUUUUGCGGAUCGUACAAGGGCGUUUGACAUGCAUUCAUUGGAAAGCUCUCUAAUUGACAUAAUGAGAGCAGAAAACGAUUCCCUAAAAGCAAGGACAUAUGGUCGAAGGCGAGGUCAGUCCUCUCUCUUUCCAAUGGAAGAUGGAUUUCUUGACGAUGGCCGAAGUGAUCAACCUUUGCACAGUGGCUUGGGGUCACCACACUGUUUCCCUCAUCAAAAUGGAGAGCGUGUAGAGCGUUAUUCACGCAAAGUGUUUGUGGGAGGUCUGCCUCCAGAUAUAGAUGAAGAUGAGAUCACCGCUAGUUUUCGGCGUUUUGGACCUCUUAUAGUGGAUUGGCCACAUAAGGCAGAAAGCAAGUCUUAUUUUCCACCAAAAGGUUAUGCAUUCUUGCUGUUCCAAGAUGAAAGCUCUGUACAGGCUCUGAUUGAUGCAUGUAUUGAAGAAGAUGGCAAGCUUUACCUGUGCGUGUCAAGUCCUACAAUCAAAGACAAGCCUGUUCAGAUCCGUCCCUGGAACCUCAGUGACAGUGACUUUGUGAUGGACGGCUCACAGCCUCUUGACCCUCGGAAAACCAUUUUUGUUGGAGGUGUUCCACGACCAUUACGAGCCGUGGAAUUGGCCAUGAUAAUGGACCGGUUGUAUGGAGGAGUAUGUUACGCUGGCAUUGACACUGACCCUGAGCUAAAGUACCCAAAAGGAGCUGGGCGUGUUGCCUUUUCAAAUCAGCAGAGUUACAUAGCUGCUAUCAGUGCCCGAUUUGUUCAGCUGCAGCAUGGAGAAAUAGAUAAACGGGUGGAAGUGAAGCCAUAUGUCUUGGAUGAUCAGCUGUGUGAUGAGUGUCAAGGGGCACGCUGCAGUGGCAAAUUUGCUCCGUUCUUCUGUGCUAACGUUACCUGUCUGCAGUAUUACUGUGAAUAUUGCUGGGCUGCUAUCCAUUCACGUGCUGGCCGAGAGUUCCACAAGCCACUGGUGAAGGAGGGAGGAGACCGCCCGAGGCAUAUUUCAUUCCGCUGGAACUGAGCAACCCAUUGCUUAGCUCACUUUGCAAGCAUCCAAAUAAGUGCACUCUUCUGUUCUCUUAAUCUCUCUCCCUUCUACCAUCGUUAGGAACGCAUGUCCUCUUGUUGUAGUCUGUAUUUUAACAAUAGUAUAAUGAAAGAAUGACCUACACCAUAGGUAUUUUGUAGAGUCUUGUGUCAUUGAGAACUGUAUUGGAACGCCUCUUGUCCAUAACAAUAUCACUCUGAUGCAUGCAAGUUUCAUGCUGUCCUUUUAAAAUAGUAGGGGAGCAGGGGGACUGCAACAAUUUAUCAUUAAUAUAUUAUUUUUUUUAUAUAUUAUUUUAAUGGAGAGGAAAGCUUAAAGCGAGAAUACUAUUGAGCGAGAAAUAGAGUAUUUUUUUUUUUAAUUAAAUUAUUGUUAAAUAAAAAGUAACGUAAGAAUACUGUUAAUGUAACCAUGCAACCACAAUAACACUAUGGGUUUGUUGAACAGUUUUUUUAAUAUAUAUAUAUAUAUAUAUUAUUGGAGGGGAUUUUUUUAGCAUCUAUUUAUUGUUUGUAUUUUUCCAGACUUUAUUAAAAAAAAAAAAAAAAGUCAGCAGUUGCCUAUUAAAAGCAUUAAGCAGUAAACAGCAUGGGCGAACGUGAAGCAACAUUGAAAAUUUACUUUUCCGGUCAUUCAAGAAGAUCUGAAGGUUUAGAAAUGGCAGAUGCCUCCAAUUUUUCCACAUUUUGUUUUUAAUUUCUUUUAUGUUGACCUCUUGGAAACUGGCUAAUUCUCCUUAGAGCUCCAAAGUCUUUUAAUCGUGAGCUAUUUGCAUUAAGCUUUUUAAGAAUGUAAAUGUUGAGUGAAGUUACUACUGAGGGGAGUGCACUUAUUUAUUUUUUCAGUGAAAUUAAAAAAAAACAAAACUUUAAAAAGUUUUAACAUAAAAAAACACAUAAGUUCACUCAUAGCCCCCUUAUUUCCUCCAAAAUCCUACCAAAGCUCAGUAAAAUACGAUAAAUAUCUGAAGGCAGGAAUUUCCUCUCCGAAAGAACAAAUGUAUAGAUUUUUAUUUUUUUGAAGCUUAAUAUAUAUCUCUAUAGUUCUGAUUUACCUAAACCUACACCAGGUGCCAGCUUUUGUGUUCUCCAUUUUGACACACGAAACUUGAACUAUACCUCCAGGGUGGUAUUAAAUAUAUUUCUUAAGCAGUCUUAAAUCUGGACUGGAACAGGGGGAGCCUUCUCUUAUGCAUAAGCCUUUGACACCUUCGUUGAAACGUUACUGUGAAUGGCAGCGAUCUUUGUUAAGAUCCCUACAUCAGUUGGGGGUGGGGGGUUCUUUUGAAUCCGUUGGCUGGUUAGGGGCUAGUUAAGGCUCCCCUCAGCAUGAAGUCACUUUAUACUUCUGCAUUGUUUGUCCACCAAGGGACGUUUGCAGUUCAGAUUGCAGCGCCGUUUUCAUCUUUGUGCAGUGAGCAAGCAGUGGAAACUGGUGCUGUACUGUGGAGCUGCCAAUGGGCCAUAAUUGCUUUGCACAUAGUUAAGAAAGUGGCUCUCAAUGCAGAAUUUCUUGUCCGCUUUAUUUUUCAUAAUCCCUAUCCCAUUCUUAAAUAUCCAUUUUUUGUCUUUCUAAAAUUAAAGCAGAUAGUUGUCAUGUCCAUGUACAGUUAACAUGGGUUUGGAAGUGAGAUUGUUAAACAAAGCCCAGACUAAACCUACUGAGCGUUAGAGUAAUGGCACACAUUUUUUGAUUGCUGCGUUGGUGUUAAAUGCCAAAAUACGCAGGACCCAAAACCUCCCUAUGUGCCAUUGUCCUUUAGGGGUGCAAUACUAAUUGCCAUAUUAAGCUGCUUAUACCAGUAACAAAUCUCUCAAUGCCUUAACCCGCUUAGUGCCAGAGAUUUCCCAAUUACAUUGCAGUACCCUUCUGAAGAGCGAGCGCUAUCGCUUAAACACAAUUUUAUAAAGUUUCUCUUGAAUACUAUUCGGCACGCUAUUCUGCCCCACUCACAAAUUUGUGUUGGGAAGGGAAUACAGAUCUAUAUGUAUCCAUGUGCCGCAUUGGCCUUUAUUGACAGCAACACAUAAGUCGCUUUUUAUGCAAGUGUAUAACGAGACUGGCAUGGUUUUGGAGCAAGAGUCGUGUUUCUGCAUAACAGAUGGCCAUGCUGCCAUACAAGGCAUGGUAAGGCCUUAUAAAACCAUAGAUAAAGAGAAUGUUACAUGGGUGAUAAAUAUCUACUUUCUGUAAAAAUAAAAAGCAAUGCUUUCUUAAAAAAAAAUCUGGUUUUGAUACAUUGAAAAACUAUAUUGAUUCUUCAAGCAGUUGCUUUACGGAUUUUAAAAAUAUAUUACGUAAAGAGCUUCUUUUUGUUGUGAUGUCAAGGCCAGAUGACAGAAAUAAUCUGUACAAAGUUCUUGGAUUUUAAACAGUGAGCUUAGUGUAUAUAAUUAAAAAUGCACCAAAAAUUGAGAGGCAUUGCUUCUAAGCAUGCUAAUUUAACAACAUAGGUUGAGAAUACCAAAGACUCGCUGUGUAGUGUUAUACAAGUCUUAAAUGUGGAGCCCUUUUGUGAUAACCCCAGUAAACUUAGACCUAUGACACACACAGAACUAAGUGGAGUUACUCAAUAUAGAUAUAUAUAUAUAUAAGAACUGGUUGAAGAAGACAUGGCAGUUACAGGUAGACCACUGCUUAGAACAUCAAAGUGUUGGUCGCCAUCUCUGCCUUGGACAGCACAAUUCCUGUAUGGCUCUAUAGGAAGCAGUAACAAGCAGGCAGGGGCUCAGCCUGAACACAGUGGAUAUAAAACUACCUUGAGGGCCAGUUUGCUUAACCCUGUAGAAUCAACACUGUACUAUGCGUGAUAACUAUUGCAUGGAAUGGGGUUAUGAUAAAAUAAAGUUCAAAAUGGAGACAUUUGCUGGAGAAUACUGAAGUCUAGGCAAGGAAGCUGCUUUUAAACCCAUCCCUUAACUAUUAAAAAAAAAAACGAAAAACAAAAAAACUUCUAUAGUGGGUGCUCUUGAAUUCAUCUGGUCAGGAAUUCUCUCCGAUCCUGAGAGAUUGUUAAAAAGCUUUUUAUGCUUUGGAUACCUGUAUAGGUGGCACUGGGGUGUGCUAGAGUGCCAUUCCUACCAGUAAACAGUGGCAAUGAUUUUAACCUUUUCACUGCCAAAAGACAAGCACCACGUUACAUGCAAAGAAAUGGACCACAUUAUGGCUGGAGGUGGCGGUUGCCUUACCUUCAGCAUGGAAAAGGUUAACCCUCCAGAAUAAAACAACAGAUAACACUGUUUGGAAGCUAGCUUUGAAGAAUAUUUUCCUUUAAUUUCCCCUUUGUACAUGACCUGCUGAAUUUCGGUACAGUGUUUUUGUAGCUAACUUAUUUUUGUCAUGCACAUAUUGUACACUUGUUAUGCACUAAUUUUAUAUAUAUAUAUAUAUCUUAUGUUUCCAGCAGUGAGCAUUUAGGCCCACUUUUCACUGGCGGGAUAUCUCUUUAUGCAAUACCUCAAUUUUUCAUAUUGCAAAGAGUAGCUUUUUGUACUUUUAUUACGGAGAGAUCUUCAUAUAAUUCAUUUUUUAAGAUAAAUAAUUUUAAUAAAUUUUUAUUUUCUUAUAUUCUGCUUUUUAUACAUUUCAGUGCUCUGCAUACAUACGGUAAUGAUGGAUGUGGCGCACUGGUAAUGCUACUUUAGAAUCUGCAGAGAUACAAUAACACGCGGCUUCCAACAUCCUAGCCCUGCACCAAGUUUUGGUGGAAAUUCUCAUUCAGUGACUGACUUAGACCUACUCGGAAGAGUUUAAAACACAGCAUGACUUUGACAAUUUAAUCUCAUCCUUUCGUCCCUUGGGAAAACAAAAACCACACACACUAAAUAAAAAAAAAAAAAAAGUAGCAUAGAAAUGAAAUAGUAAAGUAACAACCAAACAUAUAGUCAACUUCAUAUGUUUCUUUUUUUUAAAGAAUUUAAUAUAUAUAUAUAAAUAAAUAUAUAUACACACAAACAAAAUCGCAGACUUUUUUCGGUGAAUGUUUAGCCAUUUUCAAUAUUAACAGAACAUUAAUGUUUAGGCGUUUUUAAAGCAGAUGUAAAACUGCAGUUUGGGAAAAAAAGAAAAAGACAAAAAAACUUGAUUUGGGAAAAAACAAAAAACAAACAAAAAAAAAAAAGUCCAGUAAAUUUUUAAAAAGCCAGCGCGUUCUGGUUCCAGAUGUGUAAUGUUAGUAUGCAUGACUAAUAUAAGGACAAAUAUUGUUAUUCUACUAAUAUUCACUUGUUGUUAUUGUGUGAAAAGCGUGUUUACAGAUAACACUUCAAUUUACAGCGCAUAAAGUACCAUGAAAUCUCUCUGCACUCAGCUGCCAUUACAUGGAUAUGUGGCUUUCGUAUUAUAACGUAUGCUAUUAGAUAAUCGAUGGCCGCUGUUGGCACCUCCGUUUAUUCGCUGGGAAGAAGCAUGUGACCUAUAGCAUAAUCCCUUUUGAGUCUCUUCGGCAUAACCCAGAGUUUUUUAUUUUUUUUUUUUGUUGUCCUAACACCCACUUUCAGCUGAGCGGAACCCGAUUUCUGUGGCCGUCACAGUGGGCAGCGGAGGUUCCAACCGUCACAUCCGGGGGGGGUGUUAACAUGGUUCUUUUCUGCACUGUAAAGCAAACUGUGUUACGGAUUUGUUUGAAAUGUGAUGAAGUACCCUCACUGCCCAGUGCUUUGGCCCUAGUAUAUAUCUACUUCUCCAUACACAGACCUCUGCAUAUUGCAAGUUAAACGUUUGCAGUGAAUGACUAGCAUUUUAGAGAUAAUGCUGUUGGAAAGACUUGAUCCCACCUUUUUUUUUUCUUUCUUUUUUUUCUUUUUUUUUAUAUUGUUUUGAAGAGUUUAAGCCUUCUGUUAUAAGGUGAUUUAAAACUUGAAUGUGAUAAUAAAUUGUGGUGAGUUGAACUUUCAAGCUGUUAUGUGCAAUACUUAUUUCGGACUUUUGGAAGAUCUUUGCAGUGUAAUUCUUCAUUGUUUUUAAUUGCAGGCAUUUAAAAGAUGUUUUCUACUGUUCUAGUAAAUCCUCUUUCUUGCUGGUGUUUCUAAAGAAAAGAAAUCAGAAAUCAAUCUUUCUACUAAUGUAAAACUGAAGAUUAUUUUUUAAAAAAACAAAUGGAAUAAAAGAAGUUUUGGUCA